CCCAGCUUGAUGUUAGAGGCCAUAAAGGAAUGAACAUGGUCAGCAACAACACUCAGAUAGGCUGUGGCAUCCACAGGAUGAUUGACUGGUAUUACGGAGCUCAAAGUGUGCCAAGAACAUUCCCCACACACCUGCUCAGAGCCCUUGUUUUUACCAAUACUCCUGCUCCCCCCAAUCUGCCUGCACACCUGCUUAAGCUCAUCUAUUCAACAACAACUAAUUUUGGUUUUCUGGCUUCACUAAACCUAACAGCCGCAGUCUGGUUAUAUGAUGGUGAUUAUGAACUUGGUGAGUCAAACCAGGAUUUCCCGACUCAGCCAUGAGCACAUUCAUGUGAAAGAGGUGGAGAAGUUAAUUACAAGCAACGCUGUCAGAAGAAAUGUUGAUUCCUGAAGGUAAAUUUGGUUAUAGCCACUUACUACAUUGCUUACUAUAAUAAUAAGUAUUCAGUCAUUUAGUGUGAAAAACCCUCCCUCUGUUUGUUAGAAGCUCUGCUUUAAAACCAGAAUGGAACUCUCUGUCCAUGUUGGGAUCUUGUAGCAGUAGAGAUCCUGAUAGAUAGUUGGGCUGUUUUCAUCUGAUUGUCUGAACACAACCCAUGCAGAGGCCUGAGGCCUGGGGCCUGAGGCCUGAGGCCUGAGGCCUGAGGCCUGGGGCCUGCAUUAUGAAGCAGGAUUUGAGGUUAGAGAGGUGACUUCAGGUUUUCAGUCUGACGAUGGUGGUUCACUUCUUAGCGGGAUAAAUCUCCAUGGUAACUUAUGCUGAAUAACUAAUCUGCUCCAGGGCAGGUUAACUUCAGAGGAUCAGAUCAAAACCUGUCAACAGGCCAACUACUGACCAAUCAGAUCACUGGAAAACCAGAGUCGUCAUUCCUACAGGAUCCUGACAGGGACAAAAGAGUUUACAAUAAAGUGUCAGAUAAUAAAGAUCAAAAAAAAAAAAAAAAAGAAAAGAAAAAGAUAUUUUUAUAGAUCAGUGGAAUUCUUUUGCUCCAGUCUAUCCAUGUGUCUACAAAAGAGCUUCUAAUAAACAGAGAGAGUUUAUUAUACAAAAUGAUAAUGUAGCUACUUAGGAUUAUAGCUUCAUUUUAACUGAACAAAGAUGCUUUUAUCCACAAACUGUUGGAUAUUUCCCACAAUUAAAUGUUAUAUAUUAUGAACAUUUCAGUCAGAUCGACCUCAGACAUGAACUCUCUCUGCUUUGGCAGCAGAAACAGUCUGACAUCACUGUCACUGUUUACCUGCAUCACAUAUUCAGAAGAACUCUGAGUAAAGCAUCAGACAAAAAGGGAAAAAUUUCUCUUUCAGUAAGAAACAAUCAUUUUUGUACUUAUGUAUAUUUGUAGCCUGACUUUUUAAAUUGGAAAUAGUUUCUAGUGUUUCUUUUCUAUCCUAGUCAUGUGAUCAUAUUGUUUACAUUUCACCUCAUUAAAUAUUAUUUUGGACAUCAUUACAACCAAAAUAACCUGCAGGCAACCUCUCAUAUUAUAUCAAGUACUUUACUCAUGGUUCUGAUUAUGCUGCUUGUAAUGCACUCAGGAAAUCCUGGGUUGACUUAACAAGUUUAUGACCACCGUCGUAUGACUGCUUAUCCAGACGACCUCAGCCUCAGCAUUAAGUCAUUCUUCUUAAACUCUAUAAUAAACAGUACAGGAGUCCUACCUUUGGCUCCAACAAAAAGAUCUGUCUACACAUUUUGGUAUUUGAGUAUUUAUCACAAGGACCUUGCAGUUUGAUAAAGCUUAAGCUAAUGCUAUCUGUUAACUUUGAAAUACAUUUGCAUUGGUUUUAUUAACAACCUGGCUCUUUAAAUGAAAACUGUGAAGUUAAGAUAUUAUUGUUCAGUGAUGUGAUUAUGCUCAGUUUUUAGCAGCUAACUGUUCCGAGUUUUUAAUGGAAUGUUUCUGUAUUUUUCAGUAUUGAACUAACACAACUAAAAUAUUUACUAUAUAGAAACAAGUAAUGCUAAAAUAGCCAGACUAAAUGAUGUUUAUGUAAAAGCAUUUACAAGAGUAUAAUUUAAACCUGCUUUCUUUACUUCUUUCUUUGUUUGCUAGAAUUAAAUAUAUUCACUGUAUCCAAAAGUUCCUUCGUUGAUUGUAAAGAUAUCUGUCUUAAACUUAAAAAUAACAAAAAACAUUACUUCAAUGUUUUCAGUGCAUUGGAGAGAACAGAAAAUACAUCAAAUUGCGAUACAGAGAUAAAUGUCAGAGAGCCCCAUCCGAGAGUCACCUGAUCUCACCUGUCAAGUGCAGCAACUCCACCAGGUUGACAGGUUAUAUAUACACUUCCACCUUUGGUUCUUUCUUUCUGACCUUGACCAUGUUGUGUGUGUGCUGUGAGUUUCCUUAUCUAUUUGAUUUCCCUUUAUCACAUAUCAUUUCUGCUGGUUUGAUGGCAGUAACUUUGUUCUCUUUCUCUCUCUCACUCAUAAAGAGAAAAUAAUCCAGUGAGAAAGGAGACAGAAUAAAACCACUCUGCAUGCUUGGAUUCCUGCCUCAUCUAUGGGUCUCUCAAACUCACUACAGUCAAUAUAUUUAACAGAUAAUAAAGUACUAAGGCCCUCAAGCUUCUUUAUGAUGAUCUCUUUAGUUAAACAAUAAUCAUGUCUUUUAAAAGUCUUUUGACAAAAAUAGUCACUGACAGCUGUUUAGGUUCAUAGACCAGACAUCUACUAGUGCAUCGACUUCCCAACACUGAAAACAACAUAACCCCAUGUAUAGAGUAGAAUAGAAUACAAUAGAAUAGGCUUUAUUGUCACUGUACAGUUAAGUACAACGAAACUGUGGGUGCUCCACGAAGGCAAACAGUGCACUAUAAAAGAAAUGAUAUACAAUAAGAAAUACAAAAUGUACACAAAUAAUACAAAAAUGUACUAAUAAAUAGUGCACAGAAGUAGGGAGCCUCGAGCCACUGCGCCCGUACGCGCCGCCAGCUUGGUGCAACUGCAGUUGUUUACUUGUCUAACCUCUAACUCUGUCAGUUCCUAUUGAACCAGUGACUGCACAAAGGCGAAUCAGUUUAAGUUUAGUGGAUCACGUGUCACACAGAAUUCCCCUUUGCUGCACUUUGCACUUUCAUCAUUACUCACCAACCCAAUUUCAGUGUGUUGUGUUGUUUCAGGGAUUUUGUGAUUGAGAUGGAGCGUUUAUUAUUAUUUUCCAUUUGAAGAUCGAUGUGACACCUCAGUCUUCAGUGAAACUCAUGUUUCCGGUGUCAGGUGAACUGCUCUGUGAGGGAGGGAAAUCAGCUCCGUGUUCGCUCCGUCCUCCACGGCCUUAGAACUGAAAGCAGUGGGUGACGUCACUACAGCUUCGUCUACUUUCUUAAAGAGUGUUUCACUCCAGCAACGAUGUUCUCCUCCUGGUUUGGAUAAAGACUUGAAAACAACCAACCAACCUUCAAAAUGACUUCCAGAGGAAAACCUUUGACAGCUGCAUCUCUGUUGAUACUUUUGAUGAAAGUCUUCAGUGGAAGCAGUCUGACCUGUCAUCCAGCAGAGUAUCAGAUAGGGAAUGAAUGCUGUCCCAUGUGUCCACCUGGAAGUCGUGUUAAAACAGAUUGCACAGAGUUCAGAAGUAGGUCCUGUCUGCCCUGCUUAGAGGGAACCUACAUGAAUCAUCCUGCUGGACUUAAAAACUGUUUUCCCUGCACAAACUGUAACACAGGUUCUGGUCUGAAGAUAAAGACUUCAUGUACAUCAACAUCAGAUACAGUUUGUGAACCACUGGAAGGAUUCUACUGUAUAGACGUCAAAGACAAAUGCUGUAUGGCAGCACAGAGACACAAACACUGUGAACCAGGACAAUACAUCAGUAAAAAAGGAACAGCCUCCACAGACACUGAGUGCUCUGACUGCACUGAUGGAACAUUUUCAGAUGGGACAUUUACAUCUUGUCAGCCACACACACAAUGUGAAUCAAUAAACCUUCAGCUGAUCAGACCAGGAACUGCUACAACUGAUGCUCAAUGUGGAGAACACAGUUCAAACAUGACAGUGACUGUGAUCAGCGUUGUAGUGUCUUUGUUAUUAAUAGCAGCUGUAGUCAUAUUCAUAAAGAAAAAAUGUCUAACAGGCCUUUUCAGCAAAAAGAGUGAGAACAGUCCCCCAGAGGUUCACCAACCUGAAGAAGCAAGAGAAAUGGCUGAACAUCAACAGCAGCAGAGGUGUUACAGCAGAGACUAAAGGAAGAUGGAAUGUGGAUCUUGUUGACUCGAGCUACAUGAAGCUCCUGCUGACAGUGAGUGUGUGUGUGAACACAGACUUUACUGAUCUUUGCUGCUGGUCAGAGAUGGAUUCAUCCAGAGGGAGCUCCGAGUAGAGCUGCUCAUCUUUCACAUUGAAAGGAACCAGUUGAGGUGGUUCAGACAUCUGAUCAGGACGACUCUCUGCUGCCUUCCUUUGGAGAUUUUCCAGCCACGUCCAACUGGUAGGAGACCCCGAGGUAGACCCAGAACUUUCUGGAUGGAUUACAGAUCCCAUCAGGCCUGGGAACGUCUCAGGAGGAGCUGGGAAACCUUGCUGGGGUGAGGGACGUCUGAUAAACCCUGCCUAACCUGUGGCACUGCUACCUGACCCCAGAUCAGCAGAAGAGGAUGAGGACAGUGUCCUUUACUGCAGCAUGAUGGGACAUCACUGCCAUCAGAGGACCAGUGAGGAACAUUAUAAUAAUCCUUCACAAUGGAGAUUUCAUUUGAUGACAUCAUAGAGCUUCAUCAGGUUCAUGAAAAGACAAAGACUUCUAUCAGUCUGAUGAAGCUCUGAGCAAAACACACAGCUGAUGUCAGUGCUAUCAAAGAACAUUUGUUUUUAUGGGCUGAGUGUGUUGAAUGUACUGAAUGUGCUUUAUUUUUCAUGUUGCAGUUUCUUGUUCCUCCAGCUCUGCUCAUGCUGUGAAUGAAGCUUUUUCUCUUUUUAACUAAGUAAUAUACUGUAUGUUUCUUUACUGUGUGUCCUUCUGUAAACUCCAUGUACAGUUUUAUAUAAACAAGUGUAUUUUUAUAUCAUAUUUUACUAUAAAAGUGAGACAGUCUUUAGUCAAGAAUCAGGUCAGUUGGCUCUAAUUAAAUCUCAGUUCUUUUCUGAGCCUGGUACUGACCUUAAACCUGUCAUGUCUCUUUAAAGACAGAGGACAGAGAAUAACAGGUUGUUAUUUUAGUGUAAACUAAUAAAAGCCCACAUACAGAGCUUUCAGAAAGUUA